AUGCGCUCCGGCCUUGUGCUGCUCUUCUGGCUGCUCGUCGGCUACGCGCGUGCCGAUCGUCUGGAUUUGAGCUGUGAGGAUCCCGAUGCCGAAGUCACACUCGCCCACUAUGCAGGGUUGGAAUCCCGCCGGAUCUGGAACUACACCGGGGAGAUGCCGGACCCCACCCAAGAACCGCUUCUCAUCUACCAUCAGGGAUCCUUCUUCAAUCAGCUGGAUGGCACAGGGGCACUGGGACUCCGCUACCACGACAUGUUGGGCGCUCCGCUAAACUCAAAGCUCGGCAGUCAAACGUGCACGGAGUGGCGCAUCUAUUUCAAUAACCAAUGGGACAAGUUCCUCGGCAACGCAUCGAGAGCCUGCGGCAAUGAAACCACGGGAUGCUAUUCGCUGGAGGCCAACAAAUGCCUGACGUGCCCGCAGCGCUGCACGCGUUGCCUCUAUGAUGGGCGCCACUCGACGUGCACCCAAUGCCCGCGCGGCUCUCAGCUGAACGUCGCCGGGACGAAGUGCAUGAGCAAGAAAUGCGGUAGAGCCGAUCAGUGCACGGAAUGCGCGCCGGGUCUCGUCGGAUUCCGCAACGCGUCCAAAGCCGGAACCUCAUACAAGUGCCACCACAUGUGCCCCCCCCGGCACUACCAGACGUCCGAAGAAGUGCCCGUCUGUCUGCCCUGCCACGAGCUGUGUGACCGUUGUUUUGGCCCGACCAUAGAACAUUGCUACGAGGCCCGGGGGAAGCGAACGGUGGAAGAUCCAUGCCCAUACUGCGAUGUGGGAUAUUUUUGGUAUCGCGGCUACUGCAAGAAGCAAUGCCCCGUCGGAACAGCCCCGGCGCGGGACCCGAACUUUAAAGGAGCUAUGGUCUGUCUGCCGUGUCGCGGACUAUGCGCCAAUUGUACAUUCCCCAAAGACUACCCGGUGCGUGAGGUGAUCACCGACGGGCUCGAGCUGAUCAACGACGACCCGAAGAGGACCUUCUUCAUCUUUACCGCCGACCCCCAGCCGGCGUGCCACGACGCCAAACCCAAGUUUUGCCAGCUCGGCGAGUACAUGACGGCGGAAAAGGAGUGCCUUCCGUGCCACGAGUACUGUCUGGAGGGAUGCGAUGGGGGUGGCCCGGCGAAUUGCUACUUGUGCCGCGACUUCCGUGACAUCAAGGGAAUCUGCGUGGAUGAGUGUAUCGGGGGAACGAUCGUCGCCAUCGCCAGGGACGGCCAGAGAAGCUGCUUCCCACCACCCGAAUAUAUGCCCGAUGCGCACAAGGUGUACGAGUUCCGAGCCACGUACCCAAACACCACCUACGUGACGGUCAUUUUCAUCGUCGUGCUCGCCUCCAUCAUCCACAUCUACCUGAUCGGCGACUUGGAGAAGAAGAUGCAGCAGCAAGUUGGUGAAAAGGACUUUUCCAACGCUCACAUCAACCCCUACAACCAACAAUUCAUCCACCAGCAGGCCUACAAUCGCGCCCUCAUCGACUGGGCCCUCACCGACAGCUUUGCCGCCAACAAGAAAGUCGAAAGAGCCGAGUCGAAGCCGGUGGUGCAGCCGGAGGAGCCGAGGUCGUGGUGCGGAAGCCCGAUCACCGGCUGGAUUGGCGACUACUGGCAUCUGCCCGCGUUCCGCAACGUUCCCCUUGACGGCCCGGACUGCAUCGACAUUGACAAGAUGCCCAUCCUCACGCGCCCCAUGCUCGACAAGACCCAGUAUGAGGAUGUGAUGAUCUGCAUGGAGCCGGCGGAGGGCGGCCUGACCCCGUUCGCGUCGUGGCCCCACGAGCACUACAGUCUCGAGGCCCUCGUCUCGGGCAUCUACAUCUUUGGCGAAGACUUGGCCGGCAUC